UUAAAGCCAGUCACUCUGAAGUAAGUGUCUCCGCUGCUUUGGAUGAAUCAAAAUGUCCAGCAAUCACAGAUUACUGGUGAAAAAUGCCAAACAGGUGGUUCUGAUCUGCAGCAAUGGAGAGAAAUACCUGAGCAAGCAUGGGCUGCAGAAUCUUUGUGUGGUUGAAAAUGGGAGCGUAGUGAUAGGGAGCGAUGGGCUGAUUAAAGCCGUGGGUCCUGCUGAAACCAUCAGAGCUCAGUACGCAGGAGCAACGUUUGAUAAAGUGAUUGAUGCCACAGGAAUGUGCGUCCUGCCCGGUUUGGUUGACGCCCACACCCAUCCAGUCUGGGCUGGUGACAGGGUGCAUGAAUUUGCAAUGAAGCUGGCGGGAGCCACCUACAUGGACGUGCACCGGGCCGGCGGAGGGAUCCACUUCACGGUGGAGCACACUCGAGCUGCCGCAGCCUCGGACCUUCUGUCCUCCCUGAGCGGCAGGCUGGUCCGGAUGCAGCGAGCUGGUACCACGCUGGUGGAGUGUAAGAGCGGCUACGGCCUGGAGCUGCAGACUGAGCUCAAGAUGCUGGAUGUGAUCGAGGCGGCCAGACGCGCCCUGCCCAUCAACAUCUCCUUGACCUACUGUGGAGCCCACGCAGUGCCCAAAGGGAAGACGGUUGCAGAAGCCACGCAGGACAUCCUGCAGGUUCAGCUGCCACGGCUGAAGCAGCGGAUGUCUGCUGGGACUCUCAGCGUGGACAACAUCGACGUGUUCUGCGAGCAGGGGGUGUUUGACCUCGGCUCUACUCGCUCCAUCCUGCAGGCCGGCAGAGACAUGGGCCUCAACAUCAACUUCCACGGAGAUGAGCUUCAUCCCAUGAACUCUGCUCAGUUGGGAGCAGAGCUGGGAGCCUUGGCCAUCAGUCACCUGGAGGAGGUCACAGACGAGGGGAUCGCUGCCAUGGCAAAAGCAAAAACCGCCGCGGUCCUUCUGCCAACUACAGCCUACAUCCUCCGGCUGCCCCAGCCCCGGGCCAGAGACAUGCUGGAGGCGGGAGUGAUCGUUGCCCUCGGCAGCGACUUCAACCCCAACGCCUACUGCUGCUCCAUGCCAAUAGUCAUGCACCUGGCCUGUGUUAAUAUGAGGAUGUCCAUGCCCGAGGCUUUGGCCGCGGCCACCAUCAACGCCGCCUACGCCCUCGGGCGCUCCCACACACACGGCUCCCUGGAGGUCAACAAACACGGAGACCUGCUGAUCCUCAACACCACACGGUGGGAACACCUGAUCUACCAGCUGGGAGGACACCAGGAGCUCAUCCGCUACGUCGUCAUCAAGGGCAACGUCGUCUACGACAAUGACAAGACCAUGGACUUAUAACCAGUUAAGACUGAUUCAGAUUAGUGAAGGUACAAUCAAUGAAUGUGUAAUCACAGGCUCAGUAUUUGUUGUAAAAACUAAAGGGUGCAGUACUGGGUAAUUGUGUUGACGAUAUUUUUCUUACUGUGUAAUUAAAGGGUAAAAAAAGGGGAGAGUAGCCAAGCUAGUCAUUUUUAUUUUAAUUAUUUUAAUUACACGGUAUUAUUCCUCCUUAAUAACAAUACAAACAAAAAGCUGUAUUGUGUUAUUAAUUCUCCCCAAACAUCAGCUCUGUAUCUUUGUCCCCUGCAGGUAUCCAGUAAUUAAGUAUAAUUUAUUUCUCUGUUGCCAGUAGAAACCAGUGUGUUUGAUUUAAACAAGUUAACAGGCUGUAUCAGAAAGCGUUACCGUAGUUACUGAGAUGUCAGUGUUCAGGCCCCAGUGAAUCAAUGUUAUUAUCUGAACUGUGAAACCAAUGUUCUUUUAGAUAAAAGUCACGUUACUUGUUGACUGAAAUCACGUCACUCAGAGCGAAACAUACCUUCUUCUUCUGUGUCUGUAAAAUCCAUUAAGUCAAACUUAUCUCAGCAAAGAGAAGAAUUUCAUUAUCACCCCAGAAAGAGCAGGUACAAAUAUUUUGCACCUUACGUGAUCAAAGAGUUUAUUGAUGUGACCUCUGUUGAACCUUUCAGUGACCCGAUGGCCGCCCUGUUUUUAUCUGUGUAAUCAAAGGACGUUUGACCGUCGCGGUGAAAACAGACGCACAAGAAAACAAAAGUAAUGAGGUUGA